AUCGUUUUACCUGACGAUAUUGGAGAGUCUGCCUAAUCAAAGAAAUGUGUCAUAUGCCAUGCAAGACCCUGAUUUGUGUGUGUGCUGUGCUGCCAGUAUGAAGCUGUCAAGGUAGACCAGACUGGACACUGCAGGAUGCCUACAGGGUUCCAUCUGCCCCAGGCGUGGGCUGGUGGCUAUGAGGCCGCGACAAUGCUGAAGAUGUACACACAAUACAGCCAGAUUAUCAACUUCUCCGAGCUCCCGGACCCGGCGGAGGAAUGGGAGCUGGAGGACCUGAUCGGGGAGGGAACAUAUGGAGAGGUGUACAUGGCCAAGAACAAGAAGACAAGUGUCAAGGCUGCGGCGAAGGUGAUGGAGUCCAUCCAUGAGGUCCUGGAGGAGGUGGAGGAGGAGUUCCAGGUCCUCCGAGACCUCAGUUCACAUCCCAACAUCCCGGAUUUCUUCGGGAUGUAUCUCAAGCGGGAUGGAAGCUCUGAGGACCAGAUAUGGCUUGUGAUGGAGAUGUGUGGUGGUGGAACUGUAACAGACUUGAGCCGGGCUCUUAUCAAGGACAAUAAGAGACUGGAAGAAGGUCUCAUAGGCCACAUACUCAGGGAGACACUGAAGGCUCUGAACUAUCUCCACCGCAACAACGUCAUGCACAGAGACAUCAAAGGUCACAACAUCCUCAUCACGGAGUCCGGGGAGAUCAAACUAGUGGACUUUGGUGUGUCCGGUCAUCUCGAUCGAGCUCUAGGGCGACGGAAAACCCACGUUGGAACUCCGUACUGGAUGGCCCCUGAGGUUAUAGCCUGUGAGCAGCAGAUUGAAUACUCCUAUGACAUCCGCUGUGACGUGUGGUCCCUUGGGAUCACUGCCAUUGAGCUGGCUGAUGGAGCGCCCCCUCUGUCGGACAUUGACCCACGGAGAGCCCUUUUUAAGAUUGCCAGGUCACCGCCACCUACAUUCAAGCAGCCUGAUCUCUGGUCACAAAACUUAAAAGAUUUUGUUAAAAAAUGCCUGAUUAAAGAUUUUGAGGAAAGACCAUUCACAGAAGGUCUCCUGAACCAUCCAUUCAUAGAAGACCUGCCAGAAGACCCUACUGAGUGCAAGGAGAAACUGAUACAGUUGACAUCAGAGAUGGAGCGGACCAUCCACGAACCGGACAUUACAACCAAACAUGGCCGUAUGAAGUCACGGCGAGCAAGUCUACGGGAUGGGGUACAGACAGCAGAUGAUCUCGCAUCUCUCGAAACACUGGAUGAUGAGGUGAUUGUGUCCCAGCUAUUCAACAGGUACAGCCAGAAUCUCAUCUACACCUACAUUGGGGACAUCUUGUUGGCGGUCAACCCCUUCACAUUCAUGACGAUAUAUUCUGAUGAGUACUCUAAGAAGUACAUGAAUGCUCCGAAGGACAGCUUGCCUCCCCACAUCUUCGCUGUCGCCGACCAGUCCUUCCAGAUGAUGAUGCAUAAUAAACACAACCAGUGUAUUGUGAUCAGCGGGGAGUCUGGUGCUGGCAAGACAGAGAGUGCCAACCUCCUGGUCCAGCAGCUCACCCAGCUAGGCAAGGCACCCAAUAGAACGUUAGAAGAGAGGAUCCUGCAAGUCAAUCCUUUGAUGGAAGCCUUCGGUAAUGCCAAAACAGUCAUCAACGACAACUCCAGUCGGUUCGGGAAGUACCUUGAGAUGUUCUUCACAGCUCACGGGACUGUCAUGGGAGCCAAAAUCACUGAAUACCUGUUAGAGAAGUCUCGUGUCAUUCAUCAAGCAAAAGGAGAGCAAAGUUUCCACAUCUUCUACUACGUCCAUGAUGGCCUUAUCUCCAGUGACAACGACAAGUUCCACUUGAAGAAGAGCAAAGUUUACAAGUACCUCCAGGAGUACACAAGUGCUCCUCCUGACAUAGCCUCAUUGUCAGUACACCGGGUCAAGUUCAAGGCCAUCCAGACAUGCUUUGAUGUGAUUGGUUUCCAGAAAGAGGAGGUGUCGUCAGUGUAUGCCAUACUCUGUGGCAUCCUACACAUCGGCAAUAUGGAGUUCCAGGAGAAAGAGCUGUCCGACCACACCGGGGACUGCUGUGUCAUCAGUGACAGGAGUCUGCUUGACAUAGUGUCCUCGCUUCUUGGAGUAAACUCGGAGGACAUACAAGAAGCUCUCACUUCCACAGCAAUGGUAGCCAAGGGGGAGCUCAUCAUUCGCAACAACAGCUUGCGUGAAGCCUUCAAUGCCAGGGAUGCCAUGGCCAAGGCCCUGUAUGGCCGCCUCUUCAGUUGGAUUGUCAACAGGAUAAGUGCACUCCUCCGACCAACCAAAACAGAGAGAUCGGAUGAAGAUACCUUGGUGAUUGGGCUUCUGGACAUCUUCGGGUUUGAAAACUUCACACACAACUCCUUUGAGCAGCUUUGUAUCAACAUUGCCAAUGAACAAAUACAGUAUUACUUCAACCAGAACAUCUUUGUCUGGGAGAUGCAAGAGUAUCAUAAUGAAGGGAUUGAUGCCAAGGAUGUGAGCUAUGUGGACAACAGGCCCAUCCUGGACAUGUUCCUGAUGAAGCCCAUGGGUGUCCUGUGUCUGCUGGAUGAAGAGAGCAACUUCCCCAAGUCCUCCGACCAGACUCUCGUGGAAAAGUUCCACCAGAACAUCAACUCCCCCUACUACACAAGACCAAAGGCUGACAAUCUCAAGUUUGCUAUUGAGCAUUAUGCUGGCAAGGUGACAUACGAUGCUUCUGGCUUCCUGGAGAAGAACAGAGAUCGCCUUCCUGUUGAGAUUGUUGACAUCCUGCGUCAGUCCAGCAACCCUGUUGUCAAGGCUCUCUUCCAGACACCCCUCACAAAAACAGGAAACUUGGCUACGGGUAGUCUCAAGUCCAACUUCAACAGUAAGAAGUCCAGUGCAUUUAACUCUCCCAUGAGCACCAACAGUGGCUUCACGAUACAGAGUUACCAGCCUCAGAGCAGAUCGGCAUUUGGUGGCAGCAGGAUUUAUUUGAAUGCUCUUAAUGCAUCUGGAUCUACCAGCAUGACCCGGAUCCAGCAGACAGUGUCCACAUAUUUUCGCUUCUCCCUCAUGGACCUCCUGGCCAAGAUGGUGGCUGGCUCUCCACAUUUUGUCAGAUGUAUCAAGCCGAACGACAAAAAGGAUCCAGAACACUUUGAGUCUGAGAAGGUGAUGAUUCAGCUGAAGUAUACUGGCGUCCUGGAGACUACUCGCAUCAGGAGGCAGGGUUAUUCUCACAGGAUACAGUUCAGUGAGUUCCUCAAGAGGUACCAUGUGCUGUGUUUCCAGUGGAAUGAGAAGAUCCCCAUCAAUGCUGAGACCUGCACUGUCCUCCUGGAGAGGCUGGGACUUCAUCAGUGGGCCAUCGGCAGGACAAAGGUUUUCUUGAAGUACUACCAUGUGGAGGAAUUAGCUCGGAGGUACGAGAACUUCUACCAGAAGUUGGUUCUAGUCCAGGCAUGUGUGAGGCGCUGGCUCAGUCGAACCCGCUUCUACCGAAUGAAGUGGCAGCGAGACAAGGCAGUGCUCAUCAUGCAGAAAUUUGCCCGAGGAUGGCAUGUACGGAAGGAGUACCAGACAGUUGUACAGCAGAGACGCAGGGCAGCUGUUGUCCUACAGAAAUUGGCCCGUGGGUUACAUGCCAGGAAAGUGUACCAGCCAGUGAUCAAGCAGCGGCACUGUUCGGCUGUCACCAUACAAGCUGCAUACAGAGGCUACAUUACACGAAAACGGAUCAAGGAAGAAAAAAGAAAAGAAGACGAACAAGCAAGGAAAAUACAAGCAGUGUUCCGAAAGAAACAAACAAAGAAGCUGGUAGAGAGGGAGAAACGCCGGCAAGUGUAUUCAGCUGAGAGAGCAGCCACGAUCAUUCAGAGAUACUUCCGUAUGUGGCGCUCCAAGGUUUUCUAUGGACAGUUGCAGGAAUACAAGAACAAAAAGGAACUGGAACUAAUCUACUUUGGUCAACAGGUUGAAGCCUACAAUGCAGAUGCAACUGUCUGUAUGCAAAGAAAUAACAACAAGAGACGGGAGGUGUUCCCGUGGAGGUUGUGGUCUUGACACACGAUCACACAUCGGCAGCAGAGGUGAAGGUUGAGGACAAGCAGG